AGACCCAUCAUUUUGGCGCCAUCUUUGGGGAGUUCUUGAAGGAAUUAAGAGCUUUACACCUAGUUUGGAUCUGUCCCCGAUGGCUGACAAGGAAGGAUUCCAGAAAAACUUGAAUGAAGAUUUCAGGGCCGCAUGGACAGACAAGCGACCCCCGCCGAUUCCCAACCCCAAGCCGCCACUCCAAGUGUUCGGUUUCCCACCGUUUGGGGCACACGCGCCGUCAGGAGGGCGUAUGGGGGAAGAAACGCUUAUCACCCCACCGGGGGUCCAGAUCCCAGUGCUCACUCAAGGGGAGGCCAGUCACGCGAAGAGCACGAGCGGAGAAGUCAACGGUCGUGAGUCAACCGAGACGUUCAUAAGUCUGGGAAAACAGCCUGGACCGCUCGAGCCAGGAAAGAGACCGCUGCCUCAAAUUGAGGAGCAAAUGUUAACCAUGACACAGAACGAGAUGCAGAGGAUGAUUGCCGAAGCUGUAGCUGCCCAAAUCAAACAAACACCAGUCGAGCAACCCAGGGUCGAACAACCCCGAAUCGAGAAACCCAGGGUCGAACAACCCCGAAUCGAACAAGCUAGGGUCGAGCAGCCUCAAAAUGAGCAGCAACCCCUUGAACGCGAACAACAGGCGCAAUCACAUGAGAGGCAGAACAGGAGGAUAGAUGAUGAGGAGUCCUCUGUCAGAACUGUUAAUCCACAAGCCAGAAACGACACCCUGGAGCAGCAGUUAGCGCAGGUCCGAGACUUGCAGGCUCGAGUGGAAGGAAAGAAAAUAGGAAGCUCGAGGGGACACCCUUUUUCACAACAUAUUCUAGACGCCGAUUUGCCUCAGGGAUUUAGGGAGCUCAAUAUCUG